CAGACAUUAGUACCGUAAAUACUACUAUUUACACGCUCUGCUCUGUCUGUCUGGCUGCUGUUUUUACUGAGUUGAACAGCGUCUCGUUUCGCUCAUUUGUUGCGAGUUGGCUGCUGCUAGCGUUAGCUCCCACCACUGUGCACUUCCAGCUAGCACACUAGCCGCUCUUAGCUAGAUAACUGACCAUUUCUGUGUCUGUCAGCACAACUCCUGGUGACAACAAUGUCUGUCGACUGUUAGAUAAUCAAUAAGAAUAAAAUGCCAGCCCCAAAGAGAGGAUCAUCUCCUCAUGAUCCUCAGCCCAAGAUGAGGAAGUUGGAUGAGGAUGCCGAGGCUCUGCCAUCCAAAACUGCACCAGCUUCUAAUAAUAAGUCCCUUAAAACAGGAAAUACGCGAGAAAAGACAGCAGCCCCACGGACUAAGAAAAAACUGUCUGUUUCAGGGGAAGGGGGGAAUAAACCAGCCAAGUCAUCCAAACAGAAUUCCCCCUCAAAGGAUCCCAACAAAACCAUUUCUGACCCACCUGUCAAAAAAGCCAAGCUCCUGAAAGCCACAAGUGCCUCCUGCGGAGAAGCUCCCUCACAGACAGCUAACUCCAAAGCUUCCCUGAAGCGAACAGCCUCCACAGAGUCCGAGGAUGAGUUGAGUAGUGAUGGAAGUAAGACUGACCUCUUUAGAGAGAGGGAUGAUGGCGUUAAGGCCCGUUGCAUCCGAAAAUAUUCAAAUCGAGUCAAAGCUAAGCGCAAGGCUGAAGAGUCAUCAUCUGACCCACAGGAGACAAGCCAAGGGUCACCAUCUUCACCUACAGACCCUGUUCAGAUGGACCACAAUUAUGGUAGAUUUUCAGAUUUGUCAAGUAUUCAAAGCCUGGGUGAGGCUAAUCAGGAUGAGAAAAAAGAAUCUGCACAGUCUGCCACUGAACAAGAGAGACAAGAAAUUUCAGUUAAUGCAACACAAGCAGAGUCAAAGGAAACUUUAGUCCCUGCAGAUGAAAGUAAACAUGAGGAACUAAAAACUUUAGAAAGCCAAAAGCUCUUAGAUAAUGAAGCACUAACAUCCUGUAGAGUAAUAUUAGACUGUGUCACUGCAGCAACUGCAGAUAUGCCUUGCAUCACAUAUGAGGCAGGAGAAAAAGAAAAGAAGGAUGUUUCAGAGUCCAUUAAAAGCCAAAAAGAUGGAGAUAAUGAAACACUAGCGUCAUCAGUGGAAACAAUAUAUUCUAGCACUGGAGAGGCAAAUCCAGGCUGUGAAGUUGAAGUACAGGCAGAUGAAAGGACAGACUCAGCUUGUAGAAGUCAGACAGAUGUGAGGAGUGAAAUUGAAACAAAGGAGACCACAGAGUCUGUUUCAGGGGAGAUAAAGCUGGAUAUAAAAUGUAAAAGUAUUGAAGGAGAACAUAAAGUGCAGGGAGUGAUUGAAGCAGCCAGUAUCUCUGCAGGCCAUAGUGAUGAAGGUAUAGAAGAUAAAGCAUCGUCAAACAAAACAAACUCUGCACCAGAAGAGAUCCUGGUAGGAAGUAGUAAUCCAGAGAGUCCACCUGAGGAAAUUCUAACAACAACAGAGUCUGUUGGCAAUCCAGAGACUCAAACAGACCUCAGUUUCAAAAUUCAAGUUACUUUCAAAGAGGAAUCAAAAUCUGAACACCUGCAAGAUCAAGUGAGUCAUGAAGUGCCAGAUACAAUUACCAACUCAUGUGAUGGUGUUAAUAAAAUAGUCAGAAAGUCUGAAGAAAAGCUUGAAGAAAGUGAGAGGAAAGGAGUUGAGUUCCUGUCGAGUCAGACUGUUGCCAGUCCUGGGUCUUUUGCUGAGCUACGUCUGAGCCAAGAGGUCAUGGACAAGACGACUGACAGCUGUACGGAAAUAUUGACACCAGAUUGCGAGGCUGUUCAUGAACAAAAUCAAAGAGAAGUGCUCUCCGAUUGUGUCACAGUCUCAGAGGGUCAGCUAGACAUCGACACACAGAUUAAAAUAACAUCAGAGGAGAGGUCUGACUCAGCACAAAACCAGGGGAACCAACCAGUUAAUGACCACACUGCAGAAAUACCUAUUGAAGUCAAAGAAAAUUCUACAAGUAUAGAAGAAGAAAAUGAGAUGAAUUUUGAAUGUGCCAUUGCACCAAAUAGUCAGAUCAAAAUGGAUAUACAAGUUUCUGCAACAUCAGAGCAGGAUAUUUCUAAUCAAGCUACAGUGGAAAUACAAAACCAAAAGAGCCAGGAUGUCCAUGAAUGUGCUACAGACAUAUCUACAGAAUUUAAUGAGGAUCUGGAGGUGAACUUUGAAAGUGCUAGUGGACCUGAUAGGCAAACUACAAUGACAUCAAAGAUUUCUAAUCCUGCAUCUACAGUGGAAGUACAAAGCCAAGAGAGCCCAGAGGCCAGUGAACGCACCACAGACAUAUCUGAUAAAGUACAGAAACAUCCAGUUGCAAAUUGUCAGAGCAUCAAAGAUGAAGGCAGGGUUGAUGUUGAAUGUGUUGCUGCUGCUGAGAAUCCAAUAGAAGUGGAUGUGCAGACUACAACAACAUCAGAGGAGAUUUCUAUUAUGGCACCUACAGUAGAAACACAGGUCCAGAAGAGCCAAGGAGUCACUGAACCUGCAACAGACAUAUCUGAAAAAGUUCAAGAAGUUCUGAUGAUCCAGACUCCUGAGAUUAAUGGAGAUGAAAACAAGUUUAUUGACACAGAAUGUGUCAGUGCAACUGAGAAUCAAAGAGAAAUGGAUCUGCAGACAACCACAACACCAGAGGAGAUUUCUGAUCCAACAACUACAAUAGAAACACAAAACCAGAACGGUCAGGAGGUCAGUGAACUCACUGCAGACAUUGAAGUACAAAAAGAUGUAAUCAUUGCCAAUAGCGAGAGUGAAGAAAACAAGGACAAGGUUAUCGCAGAAUAUGUGGAUGCUACUGAGAAUCAAAGAGAAAUUGAUUUGCAGACAACUGCAACACCAGAGAUUUCUAAUCCACCAGUGGAAAUACAAAGCCAGGGGAGGCAGGAGGUCAGUGAACUCAACACAGAAGUUCAAAAAGAUCUAGUGACUGCAAGUUGUGAGAGUAAGGAGAACGAAGGCAAGGUUACUGCUGAAUGUGCUGAUGUUCCGGAGGUUCUUAUAAAUAUGGAAACUACAACAGCGGCAGAGGAGAUUUCUAAUGCAGCACCUACAGCAGAACAGCAAAACCAGGAGAUGGGGGACGUCUUUGAACCCAUUAUGGCCUUAUCAAAUGAAACUCACAAACCUCUUCCUAUGGCUAAUUCUGAAAGUAAGGAUAAUGAAAACAUGCAGACAGAGCCUAGUGCUGACGAUAUCCAAGUGGAUAUGGAUGUAAUAAGUGGAUCAAUAGAAAGGGUAGAUUCUGCAUCAGAAGAGGAAACGUUGAGGAAUGUGAUAAAUGAGGUCAAAGAAGAGCCUGCAAUUAUUUCCUCUAAUGAGGCUGACAAAAUAGUCAGUAAUAUUGAAGGACACGGAGAAGAAACUGGAAGCAAUGAAGUAAUAGUUUUUGUUUGUGGCCAACCAGAUGACAUCGAUAUUAUAAUUCAAGCAUCAGAAGAGCAGAUUAAGACAGUUAAUCAGUCAGAGGUUGAGAUUCAUGAGAACCAGGUAGUGUAUGAGCCCAUUAGCAGUCCAGAGAGUAAUGAUGAUAGAGAGAUUUCUACAGCAUCACAGAAUCAUGAUGGUGUGUCUUUACUGGACAUACAGAACACCCAGCAGAUGGAAGGAGAUUCAUCUACUAAUGACGAAAAGAGAGAAAUUUGUAACCAACAACUGGAAAAUGAGGGAAGCGUCAAGCAACAAAUUUGUGUCUCGGACAGCCAAGAAGUUGAAAUGGAAGUACGAACCAUCAGUGUGGCAGAGAGUUGUGUCUCUGAACAGUUGGAGCGGAGUAACGUGAGUGUGGAUGUGAAACAAGUUGCAGUGAUCAGCUCUAGCGAUGACAUCAGCAUGCCAGAUGGCCAGUCAGAAGAUGCUACAGAAAAAAGUGAGAGCAAUGGAUAUCCAGACUGCGUCAGUGCCACAGAGUUUUCUGAACAGGUGCAGGAGGACGCUGGACUUCGGGAGGUUGCAGACGUCACUGUGACAACAACUACUGCCCCCACUGAUGUUGAAAUACCAGAUAGUACAUCUGAGGAGUUUGUGAUCUUGGAACCAGUCCCACAGAGUGAAUUUCGCUUUGAUAUUGUCACUCAAGCAGCGGCCGAAUCGGGGUUGUCGGUCUCGCUUUCAGAGCAGGUGAAUCCAGACAGUGCUUUGGUAGGUGAAGUGGAAAAUGAAAGGAUUUUAAAUGGUUCCCAACAAACCAUCUUCCUUGAGGCAGAAGUGCAGCAAUGUCUGACAACUGGCGAGCUUAAAGAUGCAAUGACCAAUUCAAGUGAGAUAUUAGAUCUGGAGACCAGGCUUGGGACAGAAAUUUCUACUGAGGAAGGUGUUGAAGUUUUUAAAAAUUCUGACCAUUGCCAGCAACCAUCAGCUGACAUGAUGGACAUAAAUACCUCAGAGAUGGCAAAUUCUCAUGCUCAAUUCACAUAUGAAGACUGUAAUGCACUGGUGAUAGAGAAUGCCGAGGGUAACUUGGACCUACAAGAAGUGCAGAUUCUGGAGGAUAUAGAGAUCGGUCGUGAGAUCAUAGUAGCGGAGGAAGACAACGAGGAAGAUAGUGACAUUACCAUAAUAGAAAAACCCCAGGAAACACCUGAGGCAGUCGCUCCUAAAAAGUGUGAGGACAAGGUUAAUGAUAAAAAUAAAGAUGGCACUUGUGGGACCAACUUGAAGCAAAGUGGCACAACUGAAAAGACUAUAGAUGAUAAUAAGGGACAGGAAACAGGAAAACCCAAGAAACAAGAAAUGAACACACAGGCCAGAACCAAAGCCCGCCUGGCAGCUCUGGCUGAGCAAAAGGCUGCAGCGUCUAAGAGAACAGCAAACAGACAGCAGCUGAACCUCUUAGCCCUGUGUCAGGAAAUCGCAGAGGACAUUGCUACAGACAGCAUGCUGUUGAAGAGGAUAGAGGAAGAAAAACAAGCAGCGGCGGCAGCAGCUUCAGCAGCAGCAGCUUCAGCGGCAGUAGCCGCAGCCAAGGGUGAAACCAGCAAGAAGGAAAAUCAACCUGUUAACACGCAGGAUGCAGACAGUGUUAAUGUCGCGACUCCUGCUGGACCAGAAGGGUGCUCUGCUUCAGUGACCCCUGUCGAGGAGGCAUCUGCAGCCCAGCCCUCGACAGCUGAUUCAGCUGAGGCUAAGCCUUCUGCAGAGCCUCAGAAGAGGCGUUUCUUCAUCACACAGGUUUCAGUGCCACUGAAAGCCCAUGAGAAAAAGAAGCUAACAAGAUAUCAAAGACUAAGACAGGUUGAACUGCAGAGAGAGAAAAUGUCUUGGGCACGUGUAAAGAAACUUAAAUCUGACCAAGCAAAUCAGAUGUUUUCAGACAUAGAUUGGCAAGUACCCCUGUCAGCAUCCUAUCCAUUUUCAGUGAGUCCUUUGACCACGGCUCCUCCACCUGCAGCCAGUCCACCUGAAACACCUCUGCCAAGUCCUGCCUCAACUAGCAAGUCAGCAACACCCAAGGCAGAAGUUCCUGAGGUUGACACUCCUAAGGCUGAACCCAGUAAAACUGAACCCACUAAAACCGAAACCUCCAAAACUGAACCCACUAAAGCAGAAACCUCCAAAACUGAACCCACUAAACCUGAACCUGCCCAAACUGAAGCCUCUAAAACUGGGCUUCCUAAUACUGAAACCCGUAAAUCUACAAGGCAAAGUAAGGCUCAGACUCCUAAAGAAACCCCCACUCCGGUGCCCGCCCCAAAAGUAACCAGAUCAGCAGCCAAAAGGACCCUGCCGGCAGUACCCCCUCCCAUGCCCAAUGGACUCAAUGCUCAAAAACCGAAGCCUGUCGAGUACAAGCCAUACAGACCCAGGCCCAAGUAUUCCUUUGAUGACUUUGAACUAGAUGAUGACCCAUUACCAGUAGCUCCAACAAAGCCCAGUCCUCAGUCAAGGCCCACACAGCAGACACGACCUAACAUUCAGUCAAACCCCACAGCUCAAUCUAAACCCACAGUUCAGUCAAAACUCACAGUUUCAUCACAACUUGCCAACCAGGCCAAACUCAAAGCUCAGACCACACCUGCUGGACACAUCUCAGGUCAGUCAAAGCCUACUGUUGCAGCUGCAGCUCAGGCAAAGCCUGCCGUUGCAACAAUACCCCAGUCAAAGGCCACAGCUACUGCCGCAGCCUCUACAAAAGCUGCUCCUUCAACUAAAGCUCAAUUAAAGUCUCCUGUUUUGACAACACCUCAGUCAAAAGCUGUUUCAGCUCCAGGUCAGUCCAAGCCUGCUGCUUCUGCUUCACCUCAGUUAAAGCCUGCUGGUAGUGGAGGUACAGCUCAGCUCAAGCCAUCUACUUCAACAGCAUCUCAGCCUGCUGGUUCAACCACAUCUGAAACAAAGCCUGCUGCUCUGAAAGCUGAUGUUGGUUCAGUGCCUCAGAAAACCCCAAAUCCACCCUCAUCAGAAGAAAGCAAAUGCAAGGUUACUGAUCCACUUUCAUCAGCUCCCACCUCUUCCCUUCCCUCUGAAGAGAGCUCGAAAGUGUCUGAUGGCACUCAGCAGUGUGAAGAAAAGCCUGCAGUCACUAAUGUUGAUCCCUCGUCAGAAACAGUCAAGACAGCCGAGAAGACAUCGGAAACACCAUGUCAAGACAGAGCAGUAAAGUCACAAGAUGGUGGGACUCCUCUCUCUGAUGCUUGUCUGCAAAAAGAAGUCAAGAAGCUAAAGGAGGCUGACAAAGAUGGCACCCAAACCAUUAUUGAUGCUGGACAGAAGCAUUUUGGUGCUGUGCCCUGCAGUGUGUGUGGGAUGCUCUAUUCUGCUGCCAAUCCUGAAGAUGAAUCUCAACAUUUACUCUUCCACAACCAGUUCAUCAGCGCUGUCAAAUAUGUGGGAUGGAAAAAAGAGAGGAUUCUGGGAGAAUAUCCGGAUGGCAAGAUCAUACUUGUCCUGCCAGAUGACCCCAAAUAUGCUCUGAAGAAGGUUGAGGAGAUCAGGGAGAUGGUGGACAAUGACCUCGGCUUCCAGCAGGUGGAGACCAAGUGUCCCUCUCAGACCAAGACCUUCCUCUUCAUCUCCAAUGACAAGAAAGUGGGUGGAUGCCUUAUAGCAGAGCACAUACAAGAGGGGUACAGGGUGAUCGAGGAGGCCGUACCGGAGGGUUCAGAGGGAGAGAAGGUGAUGUUCGAACGUCAGAGAGCUUGGUGCUGCUCCACGACACCGGAGCCAGCCAUCUGUGGCAUCAGCCGCAUCUGGGUCGUCAGCAUGAUGAGACGCCAGGGCAUCGCCUCACGCUUGCUCGAGUGCCUCAGGAACAACUUCGUAUACGGUUCAUACCUGAGCAAAGAUGAGAUUGCUUUUUCCGACCCCACUCCUGAUGGAAAACUCUUUGCCACACAUUAUUUUGGCACUUCUCAGUUUUUGGUUUAUAACUUUGUGAGUGGAACACGCUCGCCCCAGCCCAAAACUGAUGCACUAUGACGGUCUUUGGGAAAGGUAACAAUGGAUUUAACUGAGACGCUCACUGACCAGCGGGACGCACCAUCACUAAACAGUUUCUGAUGCAGAAUCUGUAUUUGCAUAAAUUCAAAAAAUCAAAAACUGUAAAUUACUCCUUGGACAGAAAACACAUUGGUUUAAAUCUCAGGAUGAAAACAACAAGAUGUUGUUGAAAAUGUUAUCAAUUUACCCUUUAAUCCCUCCCUGAAUAGUAUUUUGAAAAAAAAGGAGUAUUUUCUUUAUACAUUUUUAUGUAAACAAUUUGUUUUAUUAGAAGUAUAGAGUUUACAUGCAUGACCUGACAGCAAUAGAAAACAAAAAGUGUUUCAUUGUUUUCCUUUCAAUCCCUGAGAAGCAUAAGGUCGACCGACUGCAUUAAAUAAAACAGUUAUUUUAGAGUUUUGUCCUCAUUCUGUUUUAAUGUUUUUUUAAUAACAUGAUGUAGUAGACAUUGUGUACAUUGAGGUUUUUUUCACGUUCAUCUCUUUACAAUUAACAGUGAUGAUGCCAUCGUCUCAAGUUGUCUUUAAGCAACAUUGAUAAAGCUUCAAGGUCACAACUGCAUGAUUGUAUUGAGCGGUUAAGGUUGAUGUUUUCCCAAAUCAGUCCCCUUGAUUUCACUGUCAUGUUUUAUUAUAACAUUUCAAACUAAUCUUCUAAAUCAGGUGAUUUAAUCAGAGGGACUCAUUUCAACAAUCUGAAAGAGAUUGGGUUAGAACUGUAGCUUGGGCAUUAAUUGUGUGCUCUAAUUUUCUCACCUUGCCUAAAAUGUUUAGUUUUCCAAGCUGAGCCAUAUACUGUACACCAUUUAGCAGGGCAUUGUAGCCUAUACUGUAUGAGUGACGUCUAUUAAUUUCACCAAUGCUGUCAUUUGUUUGUGCCUGAAUGAAUAAUGUGUGACUUAAAAUGUUGAUUUGUUUUUCUUUUUGUUUUCUCAGCCAUACGUUAUGGCUUUUUAUUGAGUUAGUGUAGAGUAUCAUCCUCCUAUUUGUAACAACAAAUUAAAAUGUAUAUCAAAUGAUCAUGUAGAUUUAUGCUUACUAUAACACAAUUUAUAUUGAAAGAUGAGCAAGGUCUUAAGGCUCAGGUGUUAACUGGUAUUUGAGUGAGGUUCAGCCUUUAUGAUUGCAAACAGGAAUAUUUGCACAGUGAUCAACAUGAGGGGUUGAGCUGAAUCUCUGCCUCUCAACACAGUGUCAUUGUAAUCCAUCCCUUAUUUUCUUCUUCCUUGUUAAACAGUUUUUAGAAGAUGUGUCGUGUAAGAAAAAGAACUUUGAUUUAUACGAAGCUGUUAUGUAAAUAUUUAUUUAAAUAAUAAACAAUGUAAAACAUU